GCCAGGCUUGGCUUUCGUUACUAGACUGAAUUUCUCGUUUGCUUGAUCAUUAGAUCUUCUCCGGCUAAUUUUGCUCGGUCGAACCCCUUUGAUGAAUCGACGUCACCGUCCGUUGACUAUCCAACACCGUCUGAAUCAUUCGCCCUGCCGAUAGGACGAUUUUAUUCCACCACCGGAGAUCAAGUUUAUCUUUUGACAAUCUGUGUUUGGCGAGCAUCAAGUUAUCAUCUCUACCAGGUUCGCCUUUGAACCGUAAGAUCACCCUCUGAUAACACUAUUGACUUGGAUUGGAAGGCUGGGGCGCAUGCGCGGGGAAAUGACGGAAACUAGCAUUUUCAUCAAGACUGAGCCUGACGAGCACAGCAGUGACCCACACCAUUAUAUAAUGUCGCAAUCCGGCUAUUCGAUGUCAAACCAGUUCGGGAACCCUAAUGAAGGGGUUGACCCUUCGGAGUUGAGCAUGCAGAACGGCUUCAUGUCAUACCCGUUCUCCUCGCAACAGAAUCUUUCCUCUAGUUUCAAUUUCGGCAACUCUGGGAUCGAUACCGAUGAGCUGCUGGAUCUGGAGAUUAACGGCCACAAUGGAGUCCAGCAGAACUAUCUCCAGGACCAACAGUCAAGCGCUGGGAUCUCGAUGAGUCACCCGGGCCAAAUGUCACAGAUGUACUCCAACACGCCAGAUGGAGCUCCCAUGCACAGUCCCUUCAUGCAUAGUUUCAAUUAUGACCACUUCCGGAGCAUGGGCCAGCCAGGACAAGCGCCUCACCUCCAGGGCAACGGAUCCCAUUUUGACCAGAGCUAUCUGAAUGCCAAGGCUCGGCCAAGCAUACAAGCGCUCGACCGGGCCUCGUACGACGGACGCAGCCCGAUGACCCCCAAGACCCCAGCGCUCGGCGCUUUGACCCUUGGGACGCCGGAGUCCGGGAGCUUCCCUACUCAGCCCAUUCGGACUGGCCUUCAGCAUCGGCACCAGAAGACGCUAUCCAACCAGUGGGAUGGUACGCCCGGGAGUGCACAUUCGUAUGUGGAGUCACCCAUCUCAUCUCCUGGCCAUCCAUCUCAUCAUGCGGGGAUUUCGGAAAUCCUCAAAUCGGGCAAGCAUGCUUCCUUGCCGGCCAAGGUUGAUACGCAUAUGCCAGGGUCCGCACAGGACUUAGAAUCGCAAGAGGCGAAGCGGCGCCGUCGCAGAGCCUCUCACAAUCUCGUCGAACGCCGGCGGCGAGACAACAUCAAUGAACGCAUUCAGGAUCUUUCCCAUUUGGUGCCCCAGCACCGCUUGGAGGAUGACAAGGUUCGUAAGCAGCUUGUCAACAAUACUGCCAUGUCUGGUACCGGAGCUACCGCGAAUGCUGCAACAUCCCUGCUCGCUGGAGGCAAUGGGCGCCGCGCCACUGCUGGUAACAUCACCAUGGGUCUCCCAAUCGAGGAAAAAGAGAAAGGGCCCAACAAGGGAGAUAUCCUCAACGGAGCAGUCGGUUGGAUGCGGGACUUGAUGUGGGCCCUGCACGUCAAGCUCCAACAGGAGUCAGAGCUGGCAGAAUUGAUCAGCAGGCUGGGUGGCACUUGGCCGUUUGAGCAGACCGAGGAGGAAAAGCGUAUGCGCACCGAGAUCCUCGAUGCGCUAGAGAAGAAUGAUCCUAGCUCCUUUGCCUACAGCAGAGCGCCAGGCAGCGGUCUCCGGGUGCCCAAGCACACCAACAUUGCUGGGGAUUCUGUCAGCGGCAACGGAACAUUGAGCCCCCAGAGUCUGAGCCCACCUUUCAACAGUGGCGGCAGCAGCAAUGGCGGGGGCUCUGGACAAGCCCAGUAUUGGAAUAGCUCGGGCCAUGCUGGCAUGAGCUUCAAGGAAGAAGACGAAUACGCAAUGGAGAUGAACUAAAUCUUGUUCACGCUCCGGAUGAGCUCUGCCUUUCACAUCUUGAACGACUGCAUGUCAUGACCUUGUUGUACACAAAGGCGUC